UGCGACCCAAACCUCCGUCUGUGAAGUAGUAGAUAGGUAGGAGGACGUCUUUGGUGUACAACUCCAGAAAAAAGAACAAAAUGAGAUGCACGGGUGAGUUGCCAGAGAAAAUUCAGAUGAACAGAAUGAGCACCGUGUGUUAUUGUUAGCUCAGUUGCAGUUAGGACGUACUGCUCACAGUUGUAUUGCUUCGAUUUAGAGCACGGAUACAUUAAAAACGCCCGCAGUAAUUCCCGCAUACAUUGGAAGGGAAAUUAUGCGUCGUUCCAUUUGUGAUUGUUGACUGCUGAGUACGCCUCUCCAGUGAAGCAUCUCCCGCUACCGGGGCAGAGUGGCCAUGGAUGUCAUCCGGUUUCUGGCGUCCCUGCUAGACUUGCACAGGCAGCAGUUGCAGGCCCUGACACGGCAGGGGGAGAUCCAGGCAGAGGUCCUGGCCAAGCUGCUGGAGGCUGAGGGGUGUGGGAAGCUCCACCUGUGCCGCUCCACGGAGAAGGAGCUGCGGAUGCCCAGGAUGAAGCUGGAGGAGGAGGACCCCGAGGCCUACCUCUCAGUGUUCGAGCAGGCAGCAGCCAGCUGUAGGCUACCCAGGGCAGAGUGGGGGGCCAGGCUGGUGGGGCUGCUGAGUGAGGAGAUGCGGACAGAGACCUGCUCCAUGUCAAAGUCACCCACCUCACCCGACUAUGACGCCCUGAAAUCAAGGAUACUGGACCAGGCUUGGGCUGUGGAGGAUCAAAGUAGACUGGACUUCCUCUCCGUGAGGUACGACCCGCGAAAGGGGGCGCGGGAUCUUGGCCUGAGACUGGAUUUGGCCGCCAAGCGCUGGUUGAAGCCAGAGCGGAGGACAUCGGCCCAGGUGGAGCAGCAGGUGGCCAUUGAGCAGUUUGUCUCCCUCCUCCCGAAGGGGGCUGGGGCCUGGGUGCACAGGCAGCACCCAAAGGACAUGGAGGAGGCCAUCUGCAUGGCUGAGCAGCGUCUGAGCCAGUCUGCUGAAGAGGACUGCUCUCCUGCGGGAGCUCCAAGCACUGGACAGUCAGACACAUCAGACACACAGACUGAGCCAGGGGGCACCGGGAAAGCUACACCCCAAAAGAACUGUGAAACACCAGCCUUGAAGGAAAAUAUAACUGAGUCGUUUCUCAGCAAGCUGGACACAGUGAAGCUGGAAUCUGUACACUUCAGCGUGGACAUCCCUGAGCUGGAGGUGAUCUACUUAGAGGAAGAGGGUUCACGGGAAGAGCCCUCAGUCACGCUCAAACAGGAAGUGGGUGAACCAGCCUUCUCACAGCCAAUGGAAGUGUCCCAAACUCUCCCUGACAGAGAGCGUCCCUCACACAGGGCUCCUCACUUUAUAGAGGAGCCGCUCAAGGAGGAGUGUGCGGACAGGAAGUGGAGGGUGAAGACGGCCAGCCGAUCAAUGCUGGCCGGGACUCCUGAGAAAAGUGCAUUUGACAAUGCAGCGAGAGAGGGGGCUGUUGACAUGCCGCCGCACCAGCCUCGGAAAUAUAGCGCUGUCAUUGCGGAGCCUCUUGCCCCACCUCCCGCCGCCGUGUUUGGUCCAAACCCUUCCGAGGGGCCGUCGGCCGCUCCUCUGUCACCCCCAUCCCUGUCCCUACCGUCCGAGCUGGCUCUUCCACGUUACCAGGACGCCAGGACACGCCUGAAGGAGAGGGACGACCUGAGGUGGGGCGAGAAAUGGCGCCCGUUCCUCUCCAAGCUGGCGGUGAAGAGGGGCCCCGGGGUGCGGAGGAACCCCCUGAGUACACCGGAAAGCGGGCCUGCCCUCUGGGACCAAGACCGGCUGAGGCGCCUUCAGAGGGCCCCCGCGGGCGAGCGCGCCCAUCACUGCCCCGACUGCGGGCGCACCUUCACCCAGGUGAGCAGCCUGCAGGAGCACCGCAAUAUCCACACGGGGGAGAAGCCGUUCCGCUGCGAAGAGUGCGGGAAGGCCUUCCACCACCGGCGCACCCUCAACAAGCACAGCCGCGUGCACUCUGGAGAGAGGCCCUUCCACUGUGCCCAGUGUGGCUGGACCUUCAAGCUUAAGGACGCCCUGAAGAGGCACCAGCUCACCCACAGCAGGGAGAGGGGCAGCCACGGCUGCGUGGCCAACGGCGACAUCGUGGCCAGCAUGACUGACCUGGCGGACAAGGUGUUCUCCUGCAUGAAGGAUGCUGGGGUGGGCUUCCUGUGAAGAGGUAGAAUCCACCAGCUGAUGAGCAAGCGGCUCUUUGCUCUGGUGCAUUCUCCCCUGGAAGCAGGCCUGUUACCUCCUCACUUUAGACCCUCU